AUGUUUAAAUUCCUUUCGAAAGCGCUCGGUGUCUGCGGUUAUAUCGUACAGUAUGGUUGCAUUACACACUGCACUUUCGAGUACAUCGGGGACUUUGUUGUGUGCGUUGGCCCAUCGAUGGAACCGACCCUAACGACAAACAAUGUGCUCAUCACGGAUCGUAUUACGCCAAGGCUCGCGAAACUACAGCGGGGCGACAUAAUCAUCACGAAAAGCCCCACAAAUCCGGUGCAGCACGUGUGCAAGCGCAUUAUCGGCAUGCCGGGUGAUCGUAUAAUGACGCGGGCGUCGUUCAAUUUAAACCCACUGUCGAACACGUACACCAUCUACACGGCAGUGUUACCGAAUGUUGGCAGCGAAGUGCAUGCAGAUGAGCAGCGACCGAAAAGCAAAUCACACCAGCAUUACGAAGCCAUGGUCAAGCUGCGGGAAAAGGUCGAUUACGUUAGCAAUUCGGUGGAGGAAACGGAAAGGAAAAUGCCGGACACGGCGAACCAACCGCAGCGUGUCGCUAUGGACAGCGAUGGUCGAGGGAUGGAAAUGGAGAUGCCACCGGAACCGAGGACGAGCAUCGUUACCGUGCCCCGGGGUCAUCUUUGGAUCGAGGGCGAUAAUGUACAGAACAGUUCCGACUCGCGCAACUACGGUCCGGUACCGAUCGGACUGGUGAAAAGCCGUGCCGUCUGUCGUCUGUGGCCUUUGAGUGAGUUUAAACUAUUCAUCUAA